AUGGCCUCGUCCGCUCCCAAAGCUCUGGCGCGGGUUUUGCGCCAGGCCAAGAAGCCUUCAAUUCCUCGCUCGAGACAUGUUCAAUGUUUUCGACCUCUACGUGAAGCCGCCCGCCCAUUCUCCACGACACAGUCACGGCGGGAAGAUACUAGCGAACCUGGUCACCAUGUCAAGUACACCACUGACAUGUAUCCUACAUUAAAAAGGGACUCUCGAUACUCAGAAAUCACUCCAGAGCACGUUGAGUUCUUCAAAUCCAGCAUCGGAGCGGAAGCUGUGAUUGAUGGGGUUACACAGGAUUCUGCAGAUGAUAUAGAGGGCUUCAACAGUGAUUGGAUGCGGAAAUACAGAGGACAUACAAAACUGGUGUUGAAGCCAAAGACGAAGGAGGAAGUCAGUCAAAUCCUGAAAUACUGCAAUGAUAAUAAAUUGGCGGUUGUUCCACAAGGAGGAAAUUCCGGCCUUGUGGGUGGAAGUGUCCCUGUGUUUGAUGAAAUCGUGGUAUCUCUCUCACGAAUGAACCAGAUACGCAGCUUCGAUGAAAUCAGCGGAGUUUUGGUGGUUGACGGUGGUGUCAUUCUCGAGGUGGCGGACAACUUUUUGGCUGAACACAAUCACCUCUUCCCUCUCGACCUUGGUGCAAAGGGAUCAUGUCAAAUAGGUGGUAACGUGGCCACUAAUGCCGGCGGUCUACGUUUGUUGCGAUAUGGAUCUCUUCAUGGUAAUGUGCUAGGUCUCGAGGCUGUUCUGCCUGAUGGUACUAUUGUCGACGAUCUAGGCAAAUUACGGAAGAAUAACACCGGGUACGACUUGAAGCAGCUAUUCAUUGGCGGUGAAGGCACGAUAGGCAUUAUUACGGGGGUUUCUGUUCAAUGCCCGCAGAGGUCCAAAGCGGUCAAUGUUGCAUACUUUGGUCUUCCAUCAUUCGACCACGUCCAAAAGGCGUUUAGAGAUGCGAAGAUUCAACUGGGCGAAAUCCUAUCGGCUUUCGAACUAAUGGAUGGUCAAAGUCAGGGGUUUGUACAUCGAGUGACCGGAAACAAGAAUCCGCUGGAAGAUGAGCACCCUUUCUACGUGUUGAUCGAAACAAGUGGCUCUAAUGCUGAUCACGACCACGAGAAACUCGAACAAUUUCUGGAGCACGUCAUGGGAGAAGAAAUCGUCUCUGAUGGCGUCUUAGCUCAAGACGAAACCCAAGUAAAAUCACUGUGGAGAUGGCGCGAGGGCAUCACUGAAGCCAUCGGACAUUUUGGUGGCACAUACAAAUACGACGUGUCUAUACCUAUUCAAGACCUGUAUAGACUUGUCGAAGAGACCAGAGAACGUUUGACUUCAAAAGGCUUGGUAGGCGAUGAUGAUUCGUACCCGGCGCUUGGAGUUGUUGGAUAUGGCCACAUGGGUGACUCGAAUCUGCACUUGAAUGUGCCAGUACGCAGAUACACCAAAGAGGUCGAAGAAGCGAUAGAGCCUUGGGUCUAUGAAUGGAUUCAGAAGCGCAGUGGGAGUAUCAGUGCUGAACAUGGCCUGGGUAUUGCCAAGAAGAAGUAUAUUGGGUACAGUCGGAGCGAGAACAUGAUCAAGCUGAUGAAGCAGAUCAAGAACUUAUACGACCCACAGGGAAUCAUGAAUCCCUACAAAUACAUAUAG